AUGAGGAGAGCAGACGGACCGACCUUGCAGGAUAUCCGAGACUUCGAGAGCGGGCUAGCACUGGUGAUAUUACUAUGUGUAGGCGCUACCCUAAGGGUGGCGGCACAGGACGGCUCCUAUAUGUUGGAUUCACGAGGCGUGGAGGUGGAGCAGGGACUCCAGCCUUCAUCAGAACUCCUCCGGAACCACCAGGCCUUCUCCCAAGGCUUCAAAGAACGUUCUGAAGAGAUGGCCCUGCAAUACAGUCUUGGCCAAGUCGAAUACAAUGAUCCAAAUCCGGAGUACGCUUGGGCUUACGAGGUCGACGCCAAAUCAACCGGGGACAUGAAGUCUGCUCGAGAGGAACGACGAGGUGACGUGGUCGUGGGUCAGUACUCGGUCAUGGACCCCGACGGCUCUCUGCGUAUGGUCGACUACUCGGUGGCUCCCGGCACAGGCUUCCAGGCCACCGUCCGCAAGGAGUACACAGGCGAGGCUUUCCAGGGACAGGAGCAGAGACUGCAGGCUCAGACCAGGCAGUACAGUGCUAUCCAACAGGGAAGCAACUACCAACAGAACCGCAACCAGUACCAACAGAAUCGUGGCCAAUACUCACAGAACUACGAUGUAAACCGACAGAAUCGUAACCAGUACCAAUACUCACAAAAUCGCAACCAGAACUUGGAAAACAUCCAAUAUUCUCAGAACCGCAAUCAAUAUCAACAGAACCGCAAUCAAUAUCAGAGAAACCGCAACCAAUAUUCUCAGUACAGCAAUGAUUACCAACAGAACCGCUAUCAGAACCAGCAGAACUACAAUGAGUACCAGCUGAAACCCAUUCAGUAUUCUCAGAAUCUUAACGAGUACCAACAGGACCGCACUCAGAAUCAGCAGAACCGUUACCAAUUUUCGCAGAACCGUAACCGGUAUCAGCAGAAUCGCAAUAAGUACUCCCAGAAUUUUAAUGUAUACCAGAACCGCAACCAGUACCAGCAAAACAGCGACCUCUUACCGAACCGCAACCAGUACCAUCAGAACCGCGAUCAGUACCAACAGAACCGCUACCAGUACCAGCAGAACCGCGAUCAAAGCCUUUCCAGUCGCAACAACAAUAUCAGGUACAACUUCCAGCAUUAUGGAACCAACCGCAUCAAUCAGAACCUGAACCGCCCUUCCCCAAGUCUCUACAGCCAGAACCAAAACUACCUGGCCCGUUAUGGAUCCGGUCCUCAGAACCAGUACAACAACCGCUUCUACAACCAGUACAACACCCAACUGAAAGGGAAUCAGCAGAACCAAGGUUACUCUCCAAUCAGCGUGGUUCUCGCGUCCUCAAGGAACUAACACGCGAACCAAAUUGUCAGCGGACUUCCUAGACCACGAAAUGUAAAA